CUGUUGAUCUGAGUUCUACCGAUUUGUGAAGUGUGAGCUAAUUUUGACGUUUAUGCACUUGCUCACUUUCAUUUUAUAACAGUAUCACCAUGUCGGUGGCGUUUGCACCUCACAGGCAGCGUGGGAAGGGUGAUAUAACACCCGCUGGAAUACAAAAGUUACUAGACGAAAACAACCAGCUGAUUCAGUGUAUAAUGGACUUUCAGAGCAAAGGAAAAACAGCAGAGUGUUCACAAUAUCAACAGAUGCUGCAUAGAAAUUUAGUGUACCUGGCCACAAUAGCAGACUCCAAUCAGAACAUGCAGUCUCUCCUUCCGGCUCCACCCACUCAAAACAUGCCCAUGGGCCCUGGUGGGAUGAACCAAAGUGGACCCCCUCCCCAGCCUCCUCACGGUCACAACAUGCCCUCUGAGGGUAUGGUCAGUGGUGGCCCUCCAGCCCCACACAUGCAGAACCAGAUGAAUGGACAGAUGCCUGGGCCUAAUCACAUGCCCAUGCAAGGUCCCGGACCAGGCCCCAACCAGCCCCCAAACAUGCCCAGUGGCUCUAUGAAUAUGCCCCCCAGCAGCCACGGCUCAAUGGGUGGUUACAAUCACGCUGUCCCUUCCUCCCAGGGCAUACCAGCUCAGAGCCAAAUGAACAUGACCCAGGGCCAGCCCAUGGGAAACUAUGGGCCACGGCCAAACAUGAACAUGCAGCCCAAUCAAGGCCCUAUGAUGCACCAGCAGCCUCCUUCCCAGCAGUAUAACAUGCCUCCUGGUGGUGGCGGUCAGCACUACCAAGGGCAACAAAACCCAAUGGGCAUGAUGGGCCAGGUCAACCAAGGAAAUCAUGUCAUGGGGCAGAGGCCAAUGCCCCCCUACAGACCCCCACAACAAGGUAAUGCCCAGUAUGGCCAGCAGCAGGAAGCAUAUCAGCAAGGCCCUCCCCAGCAGCAGGGUUACCCUCCUCAACAGCAGUACCCAGGUCAGCAGGGCUACCCACCACAGCAGCAGGGUUACGGCCCCUCCCAAAGUGCCCCAGGACAGUACCCCAACUAUCCUCAGGGCCAGGGACAGCAGUAUGGAGCCUAUCGCCCCCCUCAACCUGGACCCCCACAGGGCCAGCAGCAACGCCCUUAUGGCUAUGACCAGGGGCACAUGAGGAAAUAAAGACCCGGGGAUUUGAACCCCUGACUAGCUCUGUAAGAAGCAAAGGGCCAGUAUGGAAAUUACCAGCAAUGAGAGAUGGUCACAGCAAACCCACACACCUCUGCUCUGAUCUCUGUUUGAGCUUUGACCUCUGGUCAACUGCUAAGCAGACUUUAAUGAUGGUUGCAGCUCACUGAGAUUCUCUCAGACACGAACAUACAACACUCAAAAAACAAGAUUCGCUUCCCCCUCUCUUUGGGAUCCUAUCAUUGCCUAUAAAAAUAUAUUAAGUUUAUCAUGUCCAUUGACUUGAUGACAUCAAAAUCCACAACUCGCCCUCUGGUCCAGUAUGUCUCAAAGCAGCAAUGCCUUAAAAAAAUGGAACUGCCUUAUCCUUUAGCAUUGCAUAUUGUGAAACAGGCUAACACAAAUUUUGGAUAUCAGAGAUGAUUCAAAUGUACAGAGUUUCAUUCUACUGUGGUGCAUUGUUUCUCUAUCCAGCUCCCUGUUCAUAAGAAGCAAUAAUGCCAGCAGUAGGGAAAUGCGUGGGGGCUUAGAGAUAAUGAACCCGACAAACUUCCCGCUAGGCCAUGGUACAUGUCUUAAUGUAUGUGAUGAUGUAAAAAUAUAUUUUAUGCUUUUUAGAUCAAGCUAACUUUGUAUAAGACAUUGGAAAGUAGUACUGAAGUUGUGUUGUUUAUUUCAUGAAGUGUAUGUGUCAAUGUUUUUUUUGUUUUUUGUUUUUUUUAAUGAUCCCAUCCAGCACAUUUUGUUUUGUAUUUUACUGUUACAUUGAAUUGUAUAGCUAUUCAAUUAGAUCUGCCACUUCAAUAACAUGGCCAGUGCAUGAAUUUGUUGUGUAAAAAUGGAAGUCUAAUUGAGAAGCCCUGAAGGACAAAUAUGAACAACGAACAGCAGAAAAUGUUUAAUGUUGUAAAACACAUGUAACGAUUGCUGUAUUCUGUGUUUGGCUAUGCUUUUUAAGUCAAUGAAAAAACUGUAAAAUUUGGAUCAUGAAUACAAACUUUUUUCUCUCUUUUUUUUUUACAUUACCUGACAAAAUAAUGGCCUUGGCCUUUAUUUGACAAAUGUGUGCCCAGAGGGAUGAUAUGUAGCAGAUGCCACUGCAAAUUGUAUGCCUAAGUUGAUGCUCUCUAGAGUAUUUUUUCACCCUUCAUCUAUACAAGCACCUCAGUCUUGUCCAUUGACUGCAAAUUGGUGAAUGGGAAAGAUCUAACGUGAUAGAAUAAAUAUUUCUGACAAGUACUUAGUUUUGUUAGUCUUGACAAUGCUGGAAUCCCUUUUUCCCUUUGAAUAAACGUCUAAGUUGAUGUCAUUCAAAUAGUGUUGUGUGUGAAUAUUAAAGAUUGUUACUGUCAAAUAUGUAACAUAAGAUGUGAAAAUUAUGUUCUGAAAUGGAUUCCUUAAUUUCACAGUAAAGACUGGUUGUGCAGUUUUAUAUCACUGGCUUGGUAUCUGUUUUAUGGUGCAUACUUUAUUGAUCCCAUAUGUACAGCGGCAUAGAGAAGAGGAAUUCAUUGUCCUCUGAUAUUGUUUAUAUGGCUGUUUUAAUAUUUUGCAUACUGCACCCCAUCCACAUGGUGGUCACAUUUGUGUCAUGGCAAUGUAUAACUGUACAUUAUAAUAAAUUGGAAGAAUCUUUAA